AUGAAAGAAGAUGAAGACGAUGAAGAAGAAGAUGAGGAACAGGAAGACGAACCUGAAGAGAUGGAAGAGGAUUACUUUGCUGUUGACGGAGAAACCCGAAAAUAUUCAGUCCAAGAUGCAAACGCGCCUAUUUGGGAUCCGCGAUGCUACUGGUUGCGCAUUACCGAGCUUCGUGUACUCCGCAUUCUGGAAGAGUGGGAGGUGCUCGUUCAAUUUUUCGAGAAAGGCGUUGAGGCUUGGGAAGACAAACGGGUCCGUGAACUCCUGAUCAAGCACAAGUCGGGUGACCAAACUAUCAUCGAUCAACUGUUUAACGAAACGGCCACGACCAUGCACAUUCUGGGUAAGCUGCACAGGACCAUUCAAAGGACCCUACGCGUGUGGACAAUAUUCACUGCCUCCGGUGGAGAUUAUCGCUACUUCUUUGAACUUAGGGACUCCGUUUCUCUGUCAGCCAUCCGAAACUUGAAGGCUGCGUUCAAGUCACUAGACAAUUUGCAGUACAAAUUGAAGCUGCUGGAUAAAAUUUGCCAAGAGUCGCAAGUCAUAGUACGUCUUCUGUUAUACUAG